AUGAAACUCUCCGCCCUCGCUGCACUCGUUGCUUGUAUUCCCGCCCUCGUCAAGGGCGCGGGAACUGGUAAUCCAUUCGAAGGUGCCACUGUCUUCCUCAACCCCACAUAUGUUGCAGAGGUUCAAGCUGCUGUCGCGAAUAUUACGGACUCUACAACCGCACAGCAAGCAGCUCUGGUCGAGCAAAUCCCGGUCUUCUUCUGGAUGGAUGUUGCCGCCAAAGUUCCCACACUCGGUGAUAUGCUUUCCCAGGCAGAUGCUGCAGGUGGCACGCAAGUCGUACAGGCUGUCAUUUACGACCUUCCAGACCGUGACUGUGCCGCUGAGGCUUCUGCGGGCGAGUUCUCCAUCGCUGAUGGUGGUGCCGAGAAAUACCAAGCGUACAUCGACUCUAUUGCAGAGCAGGUCGAGCAGUUCCCGAACGUACGGGUUGUAUUCGUCGUUGAGCCUGAUGGGCUUGCCAAUCUCGUGACGAACCUCAGCGUCCCGAAAUGUGCUAACGCUGAGAGCACGUACAAGGAACUUGUAUCCUAUGCCAUUGCUCAACUUCAGCAGGACAACGUCUGGCUCUAUCUUGAUGCUGGCCACUCUGGAUGGCUCGGCUGGCCUGCAAACCUCACUCCAGCGGCUCAACUCUUCGCGUCUGUACUCCAAGGCGCAGGUAACAACGCCACUGUGCGCGGUCUCGCAACCGACGUCUCAAACUACAACCUCCUCCGAGGCACAGAAGACCCCGCACAAGCUCCCAACCCGAACUACGAUGAAGAGCUCUACAUCAACGCUCUCGCUCCCAUGCUCGACUCGAACGGUUUCCCCUCACAAUUCAUCGUUGACCAAGGCAGGUCAGGUGUCUCAGGUAUCCGAACUGCUGAGGGUGACUGGUGCAACGUCCUUGGUGCCGGAUUGGGUCCGCGUCCAUCGACGGAUACUGGGAAUGACUUGAUCGAUUCGAUCGUUUGGGUGAAGCCUCCAGGUGAAAGUGACGGCACUUCCGACACAUCGUCACCCCGGUUCGACUCCCACUGCUCGCAAAGCGACGCCGCGCAACCCGCACCAGAAGCCGGAACGUGGUUCCAGAGUUACUUCGAGACACUCAUCCAGAACGCUAACCCACCCCUGUCUUGA